AAACCCAUAGCAAGAAGAAACUCAUCACCUAUUGUAUUUGCAGCCUCUAUCUGCUGCACACUUCGAUUCCCAAUCCCAUUCUCCUUUUCUCGGAGAUUUUCCCGGAAAUUCUCUAGCUUUCUCUCUCUCUCUCUCACGACAAACCCUCAUCGACACAGAGACCCUCUUUCAAUUCUCGUGUAAUCUUCUUCUCUAUCCGCUUUGGCGUUUUCGCGGAGAACAAGAAGUUCUAGGGUUUAAGAGUGAUAAUGGCUACGGGAACUCUUGGUCAAAUCAAUGCGAUUGAAUCUCCUUUGGUGGGAUCCAGAAGCGUUGAUUGUUUCGAGAAGUUGGAACAAAUUGGCGAGGGCACAUAUGGUCAAGUUUACAUGGCUAAAGAGCAUAAGACGGGUGAAAUUGUUGCUCUGAAGAAAAUACGAAUGGACAAUGAGAGAGAAGGGUUUCCCAUAACUGCUAUACGUGAAAUCAAAAUUCUAAAGAAACUCCACCAUGAAAAUGUAAUCAAGUUGAAAGAAAUAGUGACUUCUCCAGGACCCGAGAAAGAUGAACAAGGGAGGCCAGAUGGUAAUAAAUACAAAGGUGGCAUUUACAUGGUCUUUGAAUACAUGGACCAUGAUUUGACAGGUCUUGCUGACCGACCUGGGAUGAGAUUUACUGUCCCUCAAAUUAAGUGUUACAUGAGACAGCUUUUGACGGGGCUUCAUUAUUGUCAUGUAAAUCAAGUACUUCAUCGUGAUAUCAAAGGCUCAAAUCUUCUUAUAGAUAAUGAAGGCAAUUUGAAGCUUGCAGAUUUUGGAUUGGCUCGAUCAUUUUCUAAUGAGCACAAUGCAAAUCUUACAAACCGUGUCAUCACGUUAUGGUACAGACCCCCUGAGUUGCUGCUCGGGGCAACAAGGUAUGGGCCAGCUGUAGAUAUGUGGUCUGUUGGGUGCAUUUUUGCCGAGCUUCUUCAUGGGAAGCCUAUCUUUCCUGGAAAAGAUGAGCCAGAACAAUUAAAUAAGAUUUUUGAGCUGUGUGGAGCACCAGAUGAGGUGAACUGGCCUGGUGUUUCUAAGACUCCAUGGUAUAAUCAAUUUAAGCCAUCAAGACCCAUGAAAAGGCGUUUGAGGGAAGUUUUCAGACAUUUUGAUCGUCAUGCUCUGGAAUUGUUAGAGAAGAUGCUGACACUUGAUCCUUCUCAGAGAAUUACUGCCAAGGAUGCACUUGAUGCUGAGUAUUUCUGGGCUGAUCCAUUACCAUGUGAUCCCAAGAGUUUACCCAAGUAUGAGUCAUCACAUGAGUUCCAAACCAAGAAAAAGCGUCAGCAGCAACGGCAAAAUGAAGAAAAUGCCAAGCGUCUUAAAUUGCAGCAUCCACAGCCGCAUACUCGACUUCCCCCAAUUCAGCAGGCUGGGCAACAUGGUCAAAUGCGGCAAGGUCCUAACCACCCUAUUCAUGGCUCUCAACCAGCAGUUGCUGCAGGGUCUAACCAUCAUUACAGUAAGCCUCGAGGUCCUUCUGGUGGGCCAGGAAGAUAUCCUGCUGGUGGGAACCCCAGUGGGGGGUACAAUCACCCAAAUCGUGGAGGGCAAGGCGGCGGCAGUUAUGGCAGUGGGCCAUAUCCUCCUCAAGGACGGGGCGCACCUUAUGCAUCUAGUGGCAUGCCUGGUGGGGGUCCUCGUGGUGGAGGUGGUAGUGGCUAUGGAGUUGGAGCUCCAAGUUAUCCUCAAGGUGGUCCAUAUGGCGGUUCUGCAGCUGGUCGUGGCUCAAACAUGAUGGGUGCAAACCGUAACCAGCAGUAUGGUUGGCAGCAGUAAAAGCAUUUUCUUAUGGUUGGCAGCAGUCUUUGUCAUUUUCUUAUCGCGAUUUGGUGCUGCUUCUGUAAGAUGGUACUUGAUAAAAGUUAUAGAAAGAUAAGACAUACUGAUAGGAUUGAGUUACUGGGAAAAAAAUAUGAUCCCUUUCGAUUAGAUUAUUGAUAUAUUUACUAGAUUACUUGAGAACUGAGUUUUGUUUUCUUGAUUUUCAAAUACUUUGUAAUUUGGUGUUUCCAAUAUGUACCAACUUUCCUGUGUUACAA